GUCAGGGGCUGGUUUAUGAGAAGGUGCGCGCGCAGCCUGGAGUCGAGGGCCACGUCGGAUCGGGACCGGAAUCUGGAUCGGGAUCAGGACCGGGACCAGGACCAGGACCAGGACCGGGAUCAGGAUGGGUGGCUGGUUGUCCACAUUGGUUUCCGGCUUGUUCGGGACUCGAGAAAUGAGAAUAUUGAUCCUGGGUCUGGAUGGAGCAGGCAAGACCACAAUACUGUACAAACUACAAGUGGGUGAAGUCGUCACCACCAUACCCACAAUUGGCUUCAAUGUUGAAACAGUGACCUACAAGAACCUUAAGUUUCAAGUGUGGGAUUUAGGUGGACAGACCAGUAUACGGCCUUACUGGCGUUGUUAUUACUCCAACACAGAUGCAGUCAUCUAUGUAGUGGACAGCUGUGACAGGGACAGAAUGGGAAUCUCAAAGUCAGAGCUUGUUGCCAUGUUGGAGGAGGAGGAGCUGAAGAAGGCCGUUCUAGUUGUUUUUGCAAAUAAGCAGGAUAUGGAACAGGCUAUGACUCCCACAGAGGUGGCCAAUGCACUUGGUUUGCCAGCUAUGAAGGAUCGGAAGUGGCAAAUAUUCAGGACCUCUGCAACCAAAGGCGUUGGACUGGACGAGGCUAUGGAUUGGUUGGUUGAAGCCUUGAAGUGUAGACAGUGAAAACAGUUGAUUGGAUUGUAUUUUUUAUAUCUAAUGCAAGAGACUGAUGCGACAGCUAAGAUUCCCACCACCUCAGAGGUCUAAUAUAUAUUGUACAAGAGCCACUUAUUCCAUUGUGUCCUCCAUUUACUCCUAUUUUUUUUUUGCGUUCAUUUGUAUUUAUGUGGGGUUUUUUUGACAAUAGAUUAACUUAACUGUUUAAUUAGUCUCUUAAAAGAAAGGGUUAAGGUUUACUGCAUCAGGAAGGGGAAGUUGUCUUUUAGUUCCAUUAACUUUGUGAUUACGUAAACACUAAUAAAACAUUCCUUUCUUCCAGUGGA